AUGAUUUAUAAAUUCGCUUUGAAUGUCUCAUUAACAGUCAUUAUAAUAUUAUCAAAUACAAAUGAAAUUUUUAGAGUGAUCGGACAGUCUACGAUUGAUACGAAUUUAUUUUUGAAAAAAGAAAAUAAAAGAUUGAGAGAAGUAAGAGAUUUAUUAAUUGAUAUUUCGCCAAAAUACAGUAGAAGGGCACAUUGUCUAGCAUUAUUAAGCGACAAACCGCAUUCUCGCAUUUUUACAAGAGAGCUUAUGGAUACUUAUAGGAGGCACACUUACUUUAUGAUAGUUGUAAAACAUGGUGAGGAUCUUCUUUCUCCAAAUGAUGAUACCGUUGACGCUAUAGAAGGUGUUAGGCACGAUGGUUGCGAAACUUAUGUUAUCUUACUUGGAAAUCCGUACCAAGCCGUGAGAUUAUUGAUGUUUGGAGACAAAACCCGAGUGUUGGAUACAAGUGCGCGAUACAUCAUGCUGCAUGAUUACAAACUUUUAGCGCCAGAUGCACAUUAUCUUUGGUAUAGAAUUGUUAGAGUUAUUUUCAUAAGGCGUUUUAGUAAAAAAUCGAAGUCGCAUUCCCAAUCAGGAGAAACCAGCGCAUGGUAUGAAUUGAGCACCGUACCUUAUCCAGUAAAAGUCAAAGGAAUAUUGGUUUUGAAAAAGCUCGAUUAUUGGCGUAAGGGAAAUGGUUUGAGAAACAACGUGGAUCUGUUUCGCGAUAAAACGCGCAAUUUAUUGGGCUUACCAAUGUCUGUAGCGAUAUUGAAUCAUUUACCAGCUGUGAAAAGAUUGUCAAAAACUGAAUACAUAGGUAACACUAGGGAAACAAAAACUAUUACCGUUUAUACGGGUUUGGAAAUAGAGUUAGUGCGAGCUUUAGCAAGAGCAAUGAAUUUCACUUUGCAAUUGUAUGAACCCGCUAAUGCAGACACUGAAAUGUGGGGUAGAAAAGACGAAAACGGUACUUAUUCUGGAAUAUUGGGCGAAAUGGUAGGAGGUUAUGCUGAUUUUGCUGUAGCUGAUUUGCAUUACACACAAUACAACCUGCAAUACAUGGAUCUUAGCUUACCUUAUGGCACCGAAUGUCUGACUUUUCUAACACCAGAAGCUCUUUUUGAUAACUCGUGGAUGACUCUGAUUUUACCAUUCAAGCCAAUGAUGUGGCUAGCUGUAAUGAUAGCUCUGUUCUUUUUGGGCUUUAUAUUUUUCGGAUUGGCUAAAUAUCAAAUGCAUUUGCAAGUGUUUGUUCAAAAAAUGGACGAAGACGAAAAAGUGAGUUGAUCGAUUGUUCAAAUUGCAGAUGAAUUAAGAGGACUUUAUGUUUUUGGAGAAAUGGUGAAUAGUAUUUUAUACACAUUCAGUAUGCUUUUGGUAGUGUCGCUGCCAACUUUACCAUCCGGAUGGUCAUUGAGAAUGUUGACUGGAUGGUACUGGUUAUACUUUUUAGUUGCUGUAUCUUAUAGAGCUAGUCUCACGGCUAUAUUAGCUAAUCCAGCUCCUAGAAUUCGCAUAGACACGUUGGAACAGCUAUCAAAAUCACCAAUAUCAGCCGGUGGUUGGGGCGAUCAACAUAAGCAAUUUUUUGUCACAUCUUUGGACGAAUACGGCAGAAACAUUGGUCGAAAAUUUGAGGAUGUAGACAACGCAACUGAGGCUGUCGAUCGAGUCGCACGUGGGGAGUUUGCAUACUAUGAAAACAAGCACUUUUUGCGUGAGCUGAUCGUGGAAAAACAAAGAUCUAAUCGGGAGCUUGGAAUCAGUAAUAUAAAAGAGGCAAAUCAACGGUCGCUGCAUAUCAUGGAUAACUGCGUGAUAAAUAUGCCUGUAUCCAUAGGUCUUCAGAAAAACUCACCUCUUCUUCAAAGAUCUGAUCGAUUUCUGAGAAGAGCUAUUGAAACAGGUCUUGCUGAAAAAUGGUUGAGUGAUGUAACGGAACCGCUAAAAGCAGCACAGAAAACUGAUGACCCACAAGAGGCUCUAAUGGACUUAAAAAAGUUGUAUGGAGCUUUUAUAGCCUUGGCUGUAGGUUUUUCUAUUAGCUCUAUGGUAUUAAUUGGAGAAUGGAUCCAUUGGAAAUAUGUAGUGCAAAAGAAACCAGAUUUUGAUAAGUAUAAAAUAAGAGAAUACUAUGCAAAAAAGUAA